UAGAGGGACUAAAAUUACAAUUAAUCCAAAUAUAUUUACUUCUCAGGUGUUUGGUUACAAGCAACGGUGGUCAUCGUCAACCUGAUACUGCUACUGGUAUCGCUGCUGCGAACGAAAAACCCUAAAUUGAAUUUCAAUCAACAGCAUGCAGCACCAGGGUGGAGGAUCUGAAACCGAAGUCACAUGGGAGGAUCAGCAGAACAUCAACAAGUUCGGAAGGAUGAAUAAUCGCCUUCACGAGCUUGACGAUGAGAUCAAAGUCGCCAAGGAAACAAAUGAAAACUUUGAGGAUGCGAGCAAUGAGUUGAUUCUCACAGAUGAAGAUGUAGUUAGGUUUCAAAUAGGGGAGGUUUUUGCUCAUGUACCAAAGGAUGAAGUUGAGAGCAGGAUAGAACAGAUGCAAGAGGUGACAAGCAAAAAAUUGGAAAAACUUGAAGAAGAAAAAGAGUCUGUGCUAGCUCAGAUGGCUGAACUGAAGAAAGUUUUGUAUGCGAAGUUCAACGACUCAAUCAAUCUUGAGGAGGAAUAGCAACUUUCUUCUUGUUGAUAGUUCUCUAGGUUUUUUUCAGAUGGCUGAACUGAAGAAAGUUUUGUAUGCGAAGUUCAACGACUCAAUCAAUCUUGAGGAGGAAUAGCAACUUUCUUCUUGUUGAUAGUUCUCUAGGUUUUUUUCCCUCAGAGCUUUAGAAUGUGUCUUAUUGGAUCCUCUUCCUCACUUAUUUGCCUCUGUCUCUGCCUUCCUUUGGCUUUCUUUUAUGUAAAAUUACUGUCCCCUUUAUUCUAUUCUAAAGGGGAAAAGUCCUUAAUUGUUUUCCUGGAUUCAGAAUA